AUGGCGCGUCCCCGCAUUUUGCUCGUCAACGACGACGGCCCACCAUCGCCGUCGUCGCCGCACAUCCUGGGCCUGUACACGCGCUUGCGUGCGGCAGGCUACCCGGUGCGCGUCGUCGUGCCCAGCAGUCAGAAGUCGUGGGGCGGCAUGGCGGGCUCGCUGGCGCCCAUCGGCGUGUGGUACUACUAUCCGCGCGCAGACGACACGCGCGGCGAACACAGCCAGAGCAGCUGGAGCGCUGAGCGGCGCGCGGUCGCCGAGGGAGAGGAGGGCGAGUGGCUCGCGGUCGAUGCCUCACCGACUGCGGCGACGAACAUCGGGCUGUUCAACGCACGUCGCUUCUUCCCCAGCGACAGCGCUGCGGCAAGCGCGGACAGCGCGGAGCUCGACAUUGACCUCGUGCUGAGCGGGCCGAACUUCGGUCGCAACACUGGCACGGCAUUCGCCCUGGCCUCCGGCACCGUCGGCGCGGCCCUCGCCGCGGCUCUUGCAGGCGUGCGCUCGAUCGCCCUCUCGUACGGGCACUUCUCGUCUCUGCCGCCCGCCUUGGCAGCGGCUUCGAGUGCUGCAGAGCCGGCCUCGCUGGCCGCUGAUGCAUCGAGCCAGGUGCAGGCGUUGGCUCUGGACGCGACGGUGCGGCUCGUGGAGCGGCUUUGGACAGAGUGGGAGGCUGGAGUCGGCACGUACGCAGUCAACGUGCCGCUCGGCUGGACUCUGCGCUCGCCCGAGAUCGUGUGGACCCGCAUGUGGCAGUCGCAGUACGGACAGCUCUACCGCCCUCUCCGGCGGCCCGACGCCGCUACUCAGCCACAGGAGAGCGCGUCUGACCUGCCGCCUGCAAAGGUCGAUCACCCGUACCUGCCUGCGACGGCGCCGCCGCCUGCACAGCACCUGCACUUUGCGCCCGUGAUGCCGCGCCUGCUUGCGCCGGCGCUGGAGGACUGCCCGGAGGGCACAGAUGUCUGGGCCCUGAUGAACGGCAUGGUCUCGAUCACGCGCCUUGCCCCGGCCUUCAGCGAGCCGCUGCUGCGCACAGACGGCGGCGCACCCGCCGCAGAGCAGGAGCGGCCUGGCUCAGCGGGCUUCACACCCCAGACGUGGCGCCUGUAG